AUGAAAGAGGGUUACAUAAAGCUACCAAAGGUUUUAAAAGAUAUGCUGGACUGCUUGGUCAUGAAAAAGAAGGUUCAUGAAGGAGUGGAAGCCGUUGGUAUUCUCCACUCUGACUUGGCAAUGCAAUGUAUAGAGAAGUUUGGUGCAGAAGUUUUUCCAGUUCUAGUACAAGUAUGGCAAGUAAAGCAGAAGAUUACCAGGAUCAGAGAGCUCAUCGCGACACUAGCCAAUAAUGAAGAAAAAGAGGAUAGCAGUUGGUCUGAUGAUUGCUUGAAAGAUAAUGAUGAUACCCUUGUGAUUCCUUUGACAGCAGGCCCUCCAUAA